CAAAAUCCUGGAAAAUAAUUGACUCAAAAUUGAAGGCGAUGUUGGAGAUCUAGGUAUAUGGUACUUUGAUAAUAAUUGGACAACAUAGUUAUUUUAUUUUUAGCCUACACGUGAAAAUCUGCUGAUGUCGGUGUUUAAAGACAAUGAUGCCAGAGCAGUCCUGUUAACCUCCACUGUCAGCCGUGGUGCACCUGUCUCAGACAAAGACUGUUACAAAUUCUCUACCGUCUUUUUGGCAAUUUCGACCUGAGUGUCCCUGAACUAAGCACGGCGUUGUGUGGUCGGUGAGCUGAUGGCUGAUGGGGCAUCAACAUGUCAUAUUUGAAUUUUCAUUUGUUUUUUCCAAAAACCUCUUGCAAAGAUCACAAAGUCUUUGAACAUGACAUUUCCUGAUGUUUUAACAUUUCUUUUUGCACAAUGAACAUCAGAGAUCGCUCGAGAGUGUGUAAGAGGUUGUGUGUGAUGUUUUUCCUGGCUGCGGUGGCGCUGACUGUUGUCCAGAGGGGUAACAUCACCAUGGGAGUUUCCUCUGCGCUUGAGAGGCAGGCUCGCAUGCACGACUCUCACCAAGAAGACCCCGGAGCGGCCCAGGAAAAGAAAACGGGCUCGCAUUUCCAGAUGGACUUCUGGAAGGUUAGCAGGCAGAAGCCGCAGCGUAAAGCUCGAUCCGCCACGGAGGAGCCCAGGAUCACUGAGCCGAGCAGCCCGGCCACCUGGGACGUAACCAGCUCCAACUGCAGCGCCAACUUCAACCUGACAAACCAGGAGUCGUUCAGCGGCCUUGAGGACAGAUUCAAGCAGUUUUUGCUCUAUCGACAUUGCCGCUGGUUCCCCAUGGUCCUGAACCACCCAGAGAAGUGCACGGGAGAGAUACAUUUGCUCAUGGUAAUUAAGUCCGUGGCCACCCAGUAUGACCGCAGGGAGGUCAUCCGGAAAACCUGGGGCAAAGAGCAAGCGGUGAACGGCAAGAGAAUAAAAACCGUCUUCCUCCUCGCCAAGUCUUCCAAUGAAGCAGAAAAACAUAACCAUCAAAAACUUGUGGAGUACGAAGACCAGAUCUACGGGGAUAUUCUCCAAUGGGACUUCUUAGAUAGUUUCUUCAAUCUGACACUGAAAGAGACCCACUUCCUCAAGUGGUUCCACACUUACUGCCCCCAUGUACGUUUUGUCUUCAAGGGCGACGACGAUGUCUUUGUCAGUGUAGAAAAUAUUUUGGAGUACUUGGAAGACAGUAAUGACAAAAACCUGUUUGUUGGGGAUGUCAUUUUCAAGGCUGUGCCUAUUCGUAGAAAGGAAAGCAAAUAUUACAUCCCCACGGCUUUGUAUGAUAAAACGAACUACCCUCCAUAUGCCGGUGGAGGGGGGUUCCUGAUGGAUGGGAGGUUGGCUAGGAGACUUCACUAUGCUGCAGACACCGUGGAGCUCUACCCCAUCGACGACGUUUUCUUGGGCAUGUGUUUAGAAGUGCUGCAGGUUACUCCCAUACACCACAAUGCCUUUAAGACGUUCGGCUUGGUGAAAAAUAAGAACAGCAAGAUGAACCAAGAACCUUGUUUCUUUAAAAAUAUGAUCGUGGUGCACAAGCUGCUCCCACCGGACCUCUGGCGCAUGUGGAACCUGGUCAACGGGGACCUGGUCUGCUCACAGAAACUGGAACUCCUAUAGCUUGGCGGGAGCACCAGAUGAGGACAACAGAACGGAGCUGAGCUUCACCUCUACAAAGGCCAAAAGAACGUGCAAGAUGACACUUUCCAGUGAACUCUCCUUUCUGUGGAGAGAAACCAGUGCAACACUGGAAUCUUGUGUCUUUGCAGCAAUGCAAGUUUUACAGGAAUCUGUAAAAAAAAAAAAAAAAAGUAAAUUAUAAGGAUUUAUUUUUUAAAAGAAGGUUUAUUUAGAAUUGUGUAUUUAUGUUGAUGUUUGAAGAAUUCACACUGUCAGCAUUGAAAUCUACACAGCGACUACAUGGAGCUGCUGCAGAGAUGCUUUCAGUCUGGAAACGUUCUUCCUUUCGACCUUGUAUGCAUAGCAUGUCGUUAUGUGCGCAAAAUGUUUCAAACCAGAGUAAGAAACAACUUUCUCUACCUCACUGGUUCAGGCAAAAAAGAAAAAUCUGUCAGUUUUGUCAAAUUGUUUGCCACAAUAUAAUUUUCCUGAAGUAAGAUCCGAACCAGUUUUUGUAUUGCAGAGGUCUGUGCACUUACUGUUUUAACUGGCUUGGUCUGGAUGCACAUAUACUACUGGGAACGUACAAAAGAAUGUUUAUAUUUGUGAUACGUGUGCUGUGUGAGGAUGUGAAUGUGCCGACAUACUUGACGUGAAUUUGGGAGAGGGUUUACAAUGACACUGUGAACUAUAACUGUUGCUGGUACGAGUGAAUGACGUGUAAAUGUAACUGUUCCUCCGUUAAAAAAGGGCAGAUACAGGGUUUUUAAUUUAUGCUCACAGUUGAACAUAUUAACAGGAUUAAAUAAUCUUACAGUUGACUGUUGAGGGUGUGGUGGAUGAUGAUUGUGUCUAAAUGAUGUAAUUAUAUUUAAAAAUCAACAAGUACAUACGAUGUCAUUUAUAAAUAAAGAUAUUG